AUGACAGGAUCGCCAUCUGCCCCAUCUCGGACCUGCACAUUCGGCGAACAGGGCCAACUGAAUUUAUUUUUCGCAUUAAGCCGGUUGGACCCCCGAUCUUUUCACCACUCGCAGCCUAAACUCCGUCGGUGGGCGACGGCAAUCUUGCUGGCAUCCCCUACGUUCCCCAUUGGGGGCGAAUUAGCGCUCGAACCUGAGCUGGUUCUUCGCCAUGCACCACCUUUUCGACAUGAAUGGACCUGGGCCUCGGUCCAACAAGGUCGAGUGGUCGGGAGGCGAGAGGGGUACUUGGAAGUCGCUGACCAGCCUGUUGAACUGCAGCAGAGUGCGGAUGGAAUUCGCUGGUUUUUCACCACUCACCUACCAGAGUUAUCUACUAAUUCGGACGAGGACAGAUCCGUUUGGGCCCUACGCUUGCGUCGUCACGGCGUCGUGUUUUACUCCCAUCCCGGGCAUCAUGGCUUUCCUUGGGCCGUCGCCGAGUCGGUCGCGAACUUAGCUAUACGAAAAGCUAUUUCACGCCUGGCGUUCACGUUUCACAAAAGACUUCUUGCAGUCGCAUUGCGACCGCUGGUGCGGCGUCUGGAGGCCGUCUGUGACUUCGAUCAGUGGCAGCGGGCUGCCGCAAACCAAGACCCGGCACACGUUUGGAAGCAUGACAAUGGCCUUUCCGACCAUCAGGUCUGGACGUGUUACCGUAUAGCCACCAAGCAACUCAACUUGUACCAUGCCGGCCGUCCGGCGGACAAUAGUUGCCGGGCGUUAUUGGCGUGUCACGGUUGCAAAGAAACGCCGGCUCACAUCUUUUGGGACUGCCCCAAGGCGCGCGUGCUGGGGUCAACUCAUUACCCAUUGGACAGGUGA